AAUGACACGAUCGGAACAGAUUUUCGACACCAUCGUCAAAGUGAUCUGCUUUGGCAUUCUUAUCGCUGGGUGUUGCUCUCUGCCCGCCACUGAUACUGUUGCACAAAAUACCCAGCAAAACAGGACGGAACUGUUUGCGUACCCUGCCGAACAGUCGGCCGUCGAGUUGAAGCAAAACGCGCGGAACCGUACACCGAUCUACAUACCGAAACAAUGCGCAGAAAACGAGAUCCUCUAUCCGGGAGACCAUGAGAACGAUUGGGUUUGUGAUUGUAAGCCAACGUACGUGUACCAUCCGCAAACGCAACAGUGCUACCAGAUGUACACUAAAGGAUACUGUCCAUCCGGCAACAUACUUUACAUCGAACCGAAUGGCAAAACUCCGGUCUGUCUGCAGAACCAGUGUCCGGAUGGGAUGGUACGCUUUCUGAACGUGUGUGCCGUACUGAACAAAGAGCACUCGCUCUGCCAUCUGGCUAACCUGCGGAUGGUGGUGGGAAUUAACGAAGAUACGCACGAGCUGGAGUGUGUGAACAUUUCCGAUGUACCGUUCAAUCGGACCUUGAUCAACAAUAAUACGCGGGGGUAA